AUGCUGGUCCUUUUGCCAAUCGUUCUCUUCCUAUCUCUUUACAUGGCAACAUUAUACGGCUACCAAUACCUGAUGUUCACCACGUUUCCCCGCGUCUUUACGGGCCAAUACGGAUUCUCGAACAGCGAUGUCGGGCUAGUGUACCUCGGAAUUGGGGUAGGGUUCUUGAUCGCCUUGGGCUUCACCGGCAUCCUCUCCGACCGGCUCGUCGUGCGAUUGACGAAACGCAACGGUGAUGUGGCUAAACCUGAGUAUCGGCUCCCUAUCAUGUUUGUGGGCGCAGUUCUUGCCCCGAUCGGGUUGUUCCUGUACGGCUGGUCUGCACAGCAGAGACUGCAUUGGAUAGUGCCCAUUAUUGGCUCUGCAUUCCUUGGCGCCGCCUCAUUCACUGUCAUUAUGCCAUCCCUGGCUUAUAUAAUUGACGCAUACACCCCAUACGCUGCUUCAGCAACUGCGGCUGCUAUCAUAUCUCGAUCGCUGCUUGGAGCAAUUCUUCCACUUGCUGGGAACAGCAUGUAUAAUGCACUUGGUAUUGGCUGGGGAACGUCGCUUUUGGGAUUCAUCUCGAUUGCUUUCCUUCCAGUCCCGUUGAUGUUCUGGAAAUUUGGAGAGAGGACCAGAAGAAGCAGGGCUUCCCAGGUUCGACUUUGA